GUGAUAUGCAUCAAUUGCUUUCACUCUUGCCCUGACCAUCUGAAUAUGCGCUCAUACUGGACAACAAUUUCGACAUCAUCGGCUAAACCAAAUUCAUAUUACAGUGAUUUCUGAGAACUUGACAUCCAUGGAGAAGAAAUAACAGUCAUUAAACCCAAUACAUAAAGUGCUCGGUAUUAGGGGUUCAAUUUUCAUACUAGACUGCGAAAUAGGUUUGGCAAGCUGAACUACCUCUUGUUGCGAAGAUUACUGCUGAGAGUGUAAAUAAAUAUGUACGUUCUGCACAUAUAAAAAGUCCAGUUGAAUUACAAAAAAAACACAGUAGCUGAAUGGGCAUGCGACAAAGUGGUAAUUCGUACCAACAGAGUUUUAUUUCACAACCCGAAUAAAACCGACAACGGGAUUUAGUAUACCCGGGAUAAUAAUAAAGGGUACCGGUAUUUGGCAAUAUGGAUUUCACUGAAAAACGGCACGUGCAAAGUCCAGAAUUAAAAGCGAAUCCAAUCUCAAGAUUUCUUUUCCUGUGGAUAACCCCCCUAUUUACAAAGGGACGGAAGAAAACGCUUAGUAUUGAUGAUCUUUAUGACCGGCUUCCAGAUGAUGAUGCCAGCACUUUGGGUGACAAAAUGCAGAGGCUAUGGAACGAAGAAUGUGUGCGAGCUAAAAAAUUUGACCAGAAACCAAGAUUCUUGCGUUGUUGCAUAAGAUUCUUUAGAGCGAAAUUCUUCUGGUUGUUUCUAUUUGUUUUAAUAAACGAAUGUAUUUUAAAACUCAGUCAGCCCUUCAUUCUAAGAAACCUGAUACGCUCCUUUACUUCGGAGGACACGUUAGGAAACGAAAAUCUAGAUAUUCAGAACCAACAGUAUUUUUACACUGGAGCCUUGCUAGUGGUCACAUUUUUUUAUUCAAUAAAUAUUCACCACAUUUACAUGGGAUUAAUCCAUCUCGCCAUGAAGGGACGGAUUGCAUGCAAUUCUAUAAUAUACAGGAAGAUCUUUCGAAUUAGUAAAACCGUGCAAUCUGAUAAAGUCAGCAUCGGAAAACUCGUGAAUUUAAUUGCCAGUGAUUCCAAUCGCUUCGAGCAUGCCUUCAUUCAUCUGAGCAGCUUGAUAGCUGGACCUAUCCAAUUGCUGGUUAUGUCCUACUUUUUAUACGAUUUAUUGGGACCAGCUUGUUUUCUUGGACUUGGAAUUAUCGGCGGUGUACUUAUUCCAUUUCAAAUUGUGGUCGGUCGGUUGUCUAUAAAGUAUCGAACCAUGGUUGCCGCUCGGACGGAUGAGCGUGGCAGGAUGCUUAAUGAAAUACUAAUGGGAAUCAGAAUCAUUAAAAUGUACGCGUGGGAAAUUCCAUUCUCGGCCAUUAUUCACCAGCUCAGAAAACGUGAAAUAUUGCCUGUACGAAAGGCAUCUUAUCUCAGAGGAACAUUUCAGUCCCUCAAUUCCUUGGGGAAGACUAUGAUUCCGUUGUGCACUUUCAUACUCUACGUCUCACUGGGCAAUGAACUGACAGCAGACAAAGCGUACUUCACCAUUGCUGUGUAUUCCAUUAUCAUUCCAGCUAUGGCGCAAAAAAUUCCAGUUGCUGUAGCACAAACAGCGGAAAUACUAGUCGCAAUGCGUCGAAUAGAAGAAUUUUUGCUGCUGGAAGAACUUCAGAUACAAGGCCGAGAAUCUACUAUUGAAGACGUCAAAAAAUCACCACCGUCACUGAUUUCAACAAAUCAAAAUGGUUGUGAGAAACUUCAUGUGACCACUCCACAUUUGAUUUUGGAUACAGUUUCAGCAAAUUGGACGAAUGAACGGGUCACCUUACAAGAAAUUUCGAUGAAUGUUUCUGGAAGUCAGUUGGUUAUGGUGGUUGGUCCAGUAGGAUGUGGGAAGAGCUCUCUGUUGAAUUUGAUUAUUUCGGAGCUGAAAAUCCUCUCUGGUUCCAUGAGCAUAAAAGGAAAAUUGUCAUUUGCAUGUCAAGAAACCUGGAUCUUCUCAGGCAAUAUCCUACAAAACAUAUUGUUUGGCUCACUGUAUGAAAUGAAUCGAUAUGACAAUGUGGUUCGGGUAUGUGGACUGGAAGACGAUUUGAAACAACUACCUCACGGUGAUAAAACCAUUGUGGGCGAGCGUGGCGUUACACUGAGCGUUGGACAGAAAGCACGUGUCAGUUUGGCAAGAGCAAUAUAUCGGAAAGCUGACAUUUACCUCUUAGACGACCCCUUGAGCGCUGUAGAUACUCGUGUAAGCCGACACAUUUUUGAAAAAUGUAUAAAACAACAAUUAGCUGGGAGCUUGCGGAUUUUGGUGACCCACCAACUGCAGUAUUUGCCACAAGCCGAUCACAUCAUAGUGUUUAAUGAGCAUGGGAAAAUAGCUGCUCAAGGGACUUAUCAAGAAAUACUUGCUCAGAAAGUUGACUUUAUCAUGGACUCUGGAAGAAAUGACGUCCAGGCAGAUGAGAUCAACAGAAAUUGUGCAAACGUAUUGCCCAGCAGUGGCAUAAUAAGUAAUACUACCAUAAAGGAACACGCUGUGAAGGAUGACUCCAUUUCAAAAAAUGAUCCACGUGAAUCUUUCGAGGAAAAAAAACUUACAGGAUCUGUUACAUGGAAAACCUACUUCACUUAUAUCACGAGUGGAAAUUCGAAAACUGAGCUCAUAAUUGUGGUUUUCUUAUUUCUUUCAUCACAAGCAGUAAUAAGCUUCACCGAUAAGUGGCUGGCCAUUUGGACAAAUCAAGUAUCAAGAAGAAGUAUGAACACAACUUUGAGUACUGAUGAUGAGGCCGAACAUAGCGAUGCAAUAUUCAUCACUGUCUAUUCUGCUUGUGUGCCGACGGUGAUGAUCUUGGUGACGAUGAAAGCAAUUGUAUUCUUUCACUAUUCAAUGUCCAUCGGCGUCAAGCUUCACUCGGUAAUGUUCAGCGCGUUAGUGAGGGCACCUGUUCGAUUUUUCGAUACAAAUUCAUCAGGAAAAAUACUAAAUAGAUUUACUCGAGACGUCAACUGUGUUGAUGAGCAAUUGCCUCCUAGUUUACACGACUGCCUUAACAUACUGCUGUAUUUCGUUGGAAUCAUGGUCGUGGUCGUCAGUACAAAUUUAUAUCUUAUCGCUCCAUGUGCCAUCCUCAUGCUUGUAUUGUGGGGAAUCCGUCGUUUUUACAUGGAGACAGCAAGAAGCAUCAAACGGCUCGAGUCUAUUACCAAGUCGCCAAUAUUUCUGCAUCUCUCUGCCUCUGUCCAGGGUCUGUGUACAAUCAGAGGUUUGGAAGCUGAACAAGUAGUGGUGGAUCAAUUUGAUGCUUAUUUAGAUAUUAAUACGUCGCCUGCUUAUCUAGUUCCAAUUGGGAACAGAUGGAUGGGAUGCUGUAUGGACGUAAUGUGUCUCCUUUACUUGGCAUGCGUUGCUGCAAAUUUUAUGAUCUUCAGUUCAGUUUCCGAAGGGGGAAAUAUAGGAAUGUCCAUCACAUUGACUUUGAAUUUAUUGACAAUCACGCAAUGGGGAAUGAGACAGAGCGCAGAAGUUGAGAAUAUGAUGACGUACGUGGAACGAAUACUUGAGUAUUGCAACAUAAUUCCUGAAGCUGCAUUAGAUUCCAAAGACGCGCCUCCCAAACAUUGGCCAAGCGAUGGCGCAAUUAAAUUCUCCAACGUUAGCAUGUCAUACGAUGAAACGACUACGGGCUCGCAGGUUCUAAAAAACCUGAAUUUUGAAAUAAGGGGAAACGAGAAGAUUGGAAUUGUUGGAAGGACUGGAGCUGGAAAGAGUUCAAUAAUUGCUGCUCUUUUUCGCCUCACUGAAUCACAAGGGUCAAUUUUCAUUGAUAGAGUGUCCACCAAGACAUUAGGCUUGCACGAUCUGAGAAGAAGCAUUUCAAUCAUUCCACAAGAUCCUGUUCUCUUCUGCUCCACAAUAAGAUAUAACUUGGACCCGUUUAAUGAAUUUUCUGAUACCGAACUGUGGCAGGUUCUUAAAGAGGUUAAUUUGGCUGAUGCUGUGCCAUCUAUAGAUUUUAAAGUUUCCGACGGGGGUGGAAAUUUUAGCGUGGGCCAGCGUCAACUUGUAUGCUUGGCGAGAGCAAUUUUGCGGAAAAAUAAAAUAAUUGUACUUGAUGAAGCUACCGCGAACGUAGAUUACAAUACGGAUGCAUUUGUACAACAAACCAUACGAAAAAAAUUUGCUGAUUGUACAAUAAUAACAAUUGCUCACAGAUUGAACAGCGUUAUUGAUAAUGACCGGAUUCUUGUGAUGGACAAUGGUUGCAUUGCAGAAUUUGAUACUCCAGCAAAUCUACUUCGUAAUCCUGACAGUUUAUUCGCCCUCAUGGUAAAUCAAUCUGGAGCAGUCACAGAAAUUGGAAAAAUUAUAACCGGUUAACUUGGCCUGCAUGAUGUAUGACGUAACAAUAAUAAAAGUAUUGUGGUGAAAAAUAUUA